AUGCAAAAUUCAUCUCGACUUUGCUGGAAGAUGGAUUUGUCAUUUGGAAGUGCUUCAUCGACGAUACUGGCCUUGUUAAACAUUAUAUCUGGCGUUUUAGCCGUGAGCAGUAAUCUGUUAGUUUUAAUGGCUAUUUCCAAGUUUUCUGCUUUGAGGACAGUGUCGAACUUUUUCAUUGCUUCCCUUGCUGUGGCUGAUAUAUCAGUCGGAAUGCUAAUGAAUCCAGUUUAUGCAUCCAUCUUCAUUGUAAAUGCAACGGAGAAUAAUCAUCCACUGAGAGUCACAGAGCACUGGUUGUGGCUUCAAACCACUGUAGUGUCAACUUUUACUCUAACGGCUGUAUCCAUUGAGCGCCAUAUUGCUGUUACAAAGUGCUUCCGCUAUACCGAGAUUGUUACACUUAAUCGCUGUAUUUAUGGCAUUGCAUCGAUAUGGAUUUUCUCCAUUCUGUAUGCUUCUCAAAGGUUUUUAUUUCACGGCGAUGAGGAUCUUCCAUCACUGUGGAUUUGCACAACAAUAUUGACUGUAUUUCUUCCUUUUUUUGUCAUUUCGUAUUGUUACGUUUACAUCUUCAAGGCUGCCCGAUCACAAUGCAUACGCAUAGCGGCCGAUAACAGCCUCUGCAAAGAAGUUUUGAAAAACAAGAAAGCUGCCUGUACGCUGUGCAUAGUGAUCGGUCUUUUUGCUUUGUUAUGGCUCCCGAGUCUCGCACUGUCCUUGUGGCAUAUUUCGGUCGCGGAUCCUUUGGAAAGACAGUGCAUUGACUACUUGUGGUUUUGGGCGGCAUUUCUGUCAUUCACUAGCUCGUUUUUCAAUCCGUGGAUCUAUACAAUUCGGACGAAAGAGUUCCGAAUGGCUUUUCUGAAAGUAUUACGAGUCAAAUCAAAGUCUUGA